GCGCAAUUGUCAGUAAGUUAAAACUAUACCGUUUCACGAAGUUAGGCUUUUAUGUACUCUAUACUUCCAAUCAGAGAUUGUAGGAGUUUACGCGAUUCCUGCGUUGAAAAAAACGUGCCCGAUAUCUGUUCUAAAUGGGGCGUGUAACUACGUCAUCGCACUUCCCAUUUCUUAAUAUACAUUACGGAACCUCUGAACUGUCAAAUCUCUGUACGUUUUGCAACUCUAAGCUUCCUUCAAGUCUGUCAUCAACAAAGUUGGGUGUGUGAGCUUAAUGGAUACCUUUUACUGUUUUAAACUCCCGGAAAAGCUAGUGGAUUAUCGAUCAAAAGAAUCAUACCAUCGGCUCACACGAAGUCUGGCUCAUGAAAAUGCUGCGCCUUUUCUUUCGUUAUCAUCCUGCUACAAAACCCAGUCCGAGCUUACCUAUUGCGGACUGUCAACUCUCGCUGUCACGCUCAAUGCGUUGUGCAUAGACCCACAGAGAAUAUGGAAAACUCCAUGGCGCUGGUACACGGAAGACCUGCUCGACAAUUGCAGGCCUUUAGAAGUUGUCAAGAAGGCUGGCAUCACGAUGGAAGAGUUCGCAUGUCUUGCCAAGUGCAACGGCGCAGUGUGUAGUAUAACUAGAACUGAAGACACCGAGCAAAGUUUUCAGCUUUUUCGUGACACCGUGAUAAGUGUCUGUACUGGGAGGCGAGGCUUGUGUGACGACCCUUUGCACGCGUUGGAGCUGAUGGUGGUACUGUUCCACCGCGCCACCUUGACACAGCAUGGCGAGGGGCAUUAUAGCCCUGUGGCCGCGUACGAUGAAGAGUCCGACUCAGUUCUAAUUCUAGACGUUGCUCGAUACAAGUACCCGCCGUUUUGGACUCCAGUUAGAAUGCUUUUCAAUGCAAUGUUGCCGAAAGACCCGGUAACCAUGAAGAGCAGGGGCUAUUUUGUGCUUAAGGCGAAAAAAGGAGGAAAAUUAGGACAUUAUUGCUCUUGUAACCGAAAAAUUGCUUAACACUAAAGCCGCGGGUCGCCAAUUGCAUUUUUAAAAGAUUUUUUUACUUAUAUUAAACACUUACAAUGUUAGGCUUUGUUUGAAUACGGUCAACAAAUAAGCACGAAGAAAAAUAACAUAUACCAUUUUGUUUUUUAAUGGCAAAAAUGACGUCGCAGAAAAAAAAAAUAUCCUGGAAUCAAGUCCAGAAUCUGAACUUAUCACUGGAAAAAUCUACUCAUUUUCAUAGUAUGUAGAAAAGGUGUAAAUAUGAUUUUCCAUACUAUGUAAAUCAAUUUACAAAGUUUUUACAAUUUUCGAAUUGAGCAAAUAAAUGAGAAAUAGGACCAUA